AUGUUCGGAACAUUAUCAGAAGAGACACAAGUGAAGGUGCCUGUUAGCAAAGCUUGGGCACUCUACGGCAGCCUCGAGCUUGGAAAGAUCGCUUCAGGAAAAAUCCUAGAGUGUGUUGAUCUCGUUGAAGGAAAUGGUGGCGUCGGUACCAUCCUUAAGCUCACCUUAAAGCCCGGUUUAGGCUUUGUGCAUUGCAAAGAAAAGUUUACAAAGAUUGAUAACAAGAAUAAGAUCAAGGAAAUUGAAGCAGUGGAAGGGGGAUAUCUUGAUCUAGGAUUUGAUCUAUAUAGGUUCAGGAUCGAGAUCAAAGAGAUUCCAACUGAUGUCACGUCGUCUAGAGUCAAAUGUACGAUUGAAUAUGAAGUCAAGGAAGAGUUUGCUGCUAAUGCUUCUUUUGUGACAGCUGAAUCUAUGACUACCCUUAUGAGCUUCGCAAAUGAGCAUCUUUUGCAAUCUAAUUAG